CCUAGAACCACAGGCGCACACUUAACGCUUUCCCUUGAGAGGUGGCAGCAGUGGGGGAUCCCUGAAGCUAUAGCUCCAGCCAGAGGGAAUUAAGAGUUGAGGAGCGCCCAGACAAGCUCUCCCCUCCCUCCUCUACAACCAGAGGCUGACCGCUACAUACUACAGAGAAGGGAAAGAAUAGAAGCUUCUCCCGAAAGAGCCACGCGUUCCUGCCCAAGAUCUUCUUCCGCAAAAUGUCAUCCUCAGGGGCCAAGGACAAGCCUGAGCUGCAGUUUCCUUUCCUGCAGGAUGAGGAGACGGUGGCCACACUGCAAGAGUGCAAGACGCUCUUCAUCCUGCGAGGCCUGCCGGGGAGCGGCAAGUCCACGCUGGCGCGGGUCAUUGUGGACAGGUACCGCGACGGCACCAAGAUGGUGUCUGCCGACGCGUACAAGAUUAACCCCGGCAUUCGAGGAGACUUCUCUGAGGAGUACAAGCGGCUGGACGAGGACCUGGCGGCCUACUGCCGCCGGGACAUCCGCGUCCUGGUGCUGGACGACACCAACCACGAGCGGGAGCGGCUGGAGCAGCUCUUUGACAUGGCCGACCAGUACCAGUACCAGGUGGUGCUGGUGGAGCCCAAGACGGCGUGGCGGCUGGACUGUGCCCAGCUCAAGGAGAAGAAUCAGUGGCAGCUGUCGGCCGACGAGCUGAAGAAGCUGAAGCCGGGGCUGGAGAAGGACUUCCUGCCGCUCUACUUCGGCUGGUUCCUGACCAAGAAGAGUUCCGAGAGCCUCCGCAAAGCCAGCCAGGCCUUCCUGGAGGAGCUGGGGAACCACAAGGCCUUCAAGAAGGAGCUGCGACACUUUGUCUCUGGGGAUGAGCCCAGGGAGAAGAUUGAACUGGUCACCUACUUUGGGAAGAGACCCCCAGGCGUGCUGCACUGCACAACCAAGUUCUGUGACUACGGGAAGGCUGCUGGGGCAGAAGAGUAUGCCCAGCAGGAUGUGGUGAAGAAAUCCUACGGCAAGGCCUUCACGCUGACUGUCACUGCCCUCUUCGUGACGCCCAAGACUGCCGGAGCCCGGGUGGAGCUGAGCGAGCAGGAGCUGCCGCUGUGGCCAAAUGACGUGGACAAGCUGUCCCCCUCUGACAGCCUGCCCCGGGGCAGCCGUGCUCACAUCACCCUCGGCUGCGCGGGGGACGUGGAGGCCGUGCAGACGGGCAUUGACCUCCUGGAGAUUGUGCGGCAGGAGAAGGGGGGCAGCCGAGGCGAGGAGGUGGGUGAGCUACACCGGGGCAAACUCUACUCCUUGGGCAGCGGGCGUUGGCUGCUGAGCCUGGCCAAGAAGAUGGAGGUCAGGGCCAUCUUCACGGGGUACUACGGGAAGGGCAAACCUGUGCCCACGCACGGCAGCCGCAAGGGGGGUGCCUUCCAGUCCUGCACCGUCAUCUGAGUGUCCUUGCCGCGGUCAGCCCCUUGUUCCUUACAGGGAGAGCAGGGAGAGGGAAGCAUGCCUUCUGCUUU